CAGUCGCAGUCAGUCAGUCAGUCAGUGCAGCCAGCGGCGUGUGACUGGAGGCUUCGCCAACACCUUCACAAGCAGCGCUUUUCUCCGCGGUCAAGUUAAAGUUUCUCCAUCUGUUUGCAAUCAGCCCCCGUGCUGUAACAUCAUGUCGCUGCCGCAGCAGUUACGAGAUGAGAGUGACUUUGAUCAACUGCCUCAUAACAUCCCUAUCAGUGCCACCAUCGCUGAUAUCGAGGAGAAGAAAGGCUUCAUCGACUACUUUAGGUUUGUGAUCGAGGUGAAGACUAAAGGAGGGAGUAAGUAUCUGAUCUAUAGGAGGUACAGAGAGUUUUUCAACCUCCACCAGAUCCUCGAGUCCAAAUACUCCCCUGAAGACCCAGAGAAACCUGGUCCCAACACCUGCAUCCUGCCGUCUAUUCCAGGAAAAAUCUUCAUUGGCAACAAGCAGGAGAUCGCAGAGAGCAGAAUCCCUGAACUCAACACGUACAUGAAGAGGUUGCUGGGUAUGCCGACAUGGUUCCUGCUCGAUGCGUCUCUCAGAAUGUUUUUCUACCAGACGGAACAGGACAGCCAGCAAAAACCGCAAGCCCUCAGGCGUCUCCGCCCACCUACCCGCAAAGUGAAGGAAGUCAAACCAAAGAUGGACCUCUUCUCCUCCCCCAGGGCAGAGGCGAUGUUUGACUUUCGCGGCAACAGCAAGGCGGAGUUGAACCUGAAGAGGGGAGAGGUGAUCUUCCUGCUGCGACGAGUCAACGCCGACUGGCUAGAGGGCACCGUGAACAAUCAGACGGGUAUUUUCCCAGAAUCCUUUGUGAAGAUCAUAAAGCCCCUCCCAGAGAGCGACUCAGAUACUGAAGGUGGAAGCCACACCUACAGCUGCCUGCGCUGCUACUUGCUCACCCCCUCUGGAGUUGACACCAGAGAUGUGUGUGUACAAGAGGACCUCACCAUCCAGCCAUCAUACAAGGACUUACUGGCUCGUAUGAGAAACGUCUUCCAAGAGGACGACAUCGCCCUGAACUACCGCGACCCAGAAGGCGACCUCAUCCGUGUCCUUGACGAUGAGGACAUCCAGCUGAUGAUCAAGGAGAGCAGAAGUCAGCAGGGCAAAGUCAACAGACCUGUCAAUCAGUUUCCAUGGGAGCUGCAUGUGACCUUGGCCUCUGAUCUCUCUGUUUACAACACCGAGGCCUGAGUGAGAGGUACAGACCCAAAUUCAGGGGAAGCAGAGAAGAUAUUUAGUAUUCUUAAAUGAAAGCGAUGAACUUGACCCAGUGGAUAAUGCUGGUGAAGUUGCCUGUGUGCGGUUUGUCUUUUCCAGGCAUUCAUAUCUCCAAGUUCACUGCUGUGUCAGUUAAUGGCCGAUACAUUUCACUUAGUAAUAAACUAAUUUAAUAACAUUUUC